GCAAUGCUACAGUACUGGCCCCAAAAGCGCAUCUUGAUUGCUGCACGGAGCGGAUGAGUUCCUGCUUUUGCGGAAGCGAAAAGGCCAGCGCUAGAGAGCAAAUUAUCUUGCAAGGGUGGAGGAAAAGACACCAUAAAAUUAAUUGAAAAAAAUAAGAAAAAUACACCCAUCUACCGAAAGCCCGUCGAGGAGAUGGGGGAUAAGGCCGGCACCAGAGUCUUCAAGAAGUCAAGCCCCAACUGCAAGGUCACAGUAUACCUGGGAAAGAGAGACUUUGUGGAUCACCUUGACCAGGUGGACCCAGUCGACGGUGUGAUCCUAGUGGACCCUGAGUAUCUGAAAGACAGGAAAGUGUUUGUGACCCUGACGUGUGCGUUCCGCUACGGCCGUGAGGACCUGGACGUGCUGGGCCUGUCCUUCCGGAAGGAUCUCUACAUCUCCACCUUCCAGGCUUUCCCCCCCAUCGCAGAGGAACGCAAAGCCAACAGCCGCCUGCAGGAGAGACUACUGAAGAAACUGGGCCAGCAGGCACACCCCUUCUACUUCACUAUUCCCCAGAACCUGCCGUGCUCAGUCACCUUACAGCCAGGACCAGAGGACACAGGGAAGGCAUGUGGGGUUGACUUUGAGAUCAAAGCGUUCUGUGCCAAAUCGAUAGAGGAGAAGAUUCACAAACGGAACUCUGUGCGGCUGGUGAUCCGUAAGGUGCAGUAUGCCCCAGAGAAGCCUGGGCCUCAGCCCAUGGUGGAGACCACACGGAGCUUCCUCAUGUCGGACCGCUCACUACACCUGGAGGCCUCUCUGGAUAAAGAGCUCUACUACCAUGGAGAACCCAUCAGCGUGAACGUUCAUGUCACCAACAACUCCACCAAGACUGUCAAAAGGCUCAAAAUCUCAGUACGACAGUAUGCUGAUAUCUGUCUGUUCAGUACGGCUCAGUACAAGUGUCCAGUGGCUCAGGUGGAGGCAGAUGACCAGGUGUCGUCUAGCUCUACAUUCUGUAAGGUGUACACCCUCACACCCACGCUAGACAAGAACCGAGAGAAGAGAGGCCUGGCCUUGGACGGAAAGCUCAAACACGAGGACACCAACCUGGCCUCCAGCACCAUUGUUAAGGAUGUGACUAACAAGGAGGUCCUUGGAAUCCUGGUGUCCUACAGGGUCAAAGUCAAACUGGUAAUCUCUCGUGGAGGGCUGCUGAGUGGCGUGUUAGAGAGAGAUGUGUCGGUGGAGCUGCCCUUCGUCUUAAUGCACCCCAAACCCACGGAACUGCCCAUAUCCCGCCCACAGUCAGCUGUGCCGGAUUCAGACCCUCCCAUCGACACCAACCUGAUAGAAUUUGAAACAAAUAGUUUCUCCCAAGACGACGACUUUGUGUUCGAGGACUUCGCCCGCCUGCGGCUCAAAGGAAUGGCCGACGACAAGGAUGACGACUGCUAGAGCUCACAUACACACACACACUCUCGCACAAACUCUUACACACAUUCAUACAUACAGACACACACAGGCACACAGGCGGUGGGAUGAAGGCAUGUGGACGGAGAGAUGUGGUGGCCUCGUGGUCUGCUGAAGAGAUCCUGACAUCACUCGCGGUGUUCUUUUGUCUUGCUUAAGCCACUUCUUAUCUUCUUGUUCAUGUUCUCUGUUUGCAUUCUCUCUGUCUAAUGGUAAUGUUCAGCUGUGUUUGCCAGAAUAUGUUGGCAAACACAACUGAAAAACCCAGCACCGUCUAAAUGAUGAUGUAAUGUUGUGCCGUGGCGAUGCUGGCGAAUCCAUGGGUGUCAUUUGGCCAGCAGUUUCACAGUUUUCAAGAGGGAGCACAAUAAGUGCUAUAGUGAAUAAAAAGUAAAUGUUUGAAAUGUCAUGAAGAGGGAUGAUGAGUCAUGGCUGUUCACACCGAGGGAGGGAGAAAUAGUGCCAUUAAAAGAAAGGGGGCUUUAUAUCAUUUUUUUCACCCAUUAUGAUUUCAAUAAGUAUUUGUACAAAUAUUGAUCACCUUGAUCAAGUAUUGAUAUAAAACAAGGUUUAUAGUACCUGCUGAAGAGGGGAGAGAAGAAAAAUCAGACUGACACCUUUCAUCAUCUACCCCAUCGUUUUAGUCCUCUGAAUUUCUACUGUGUCAUCCGUUCUGUAAAAACCGUGUUUUAGGGGAAGAAUACGGAAGACGUUUGUGAUUCACCCUCUUCUGCAAUACGAGGACAGACUAUACACUACCACUUACAUUAAAUGUGCACACACUGGACCUUCACUGUAUAGCCUAUGGCAGGGGUAUUCAACUCUUACCCUACGAGGUCUGGAGCCUGCUGGUUUUCUGUUCUACCUGAUAAUUAAUUGCAUCCGCCUGGUGUGCCAGGUCUAAAUCAGUCCCUGAUUAGAAGGGAACAAUGAAAACAAGCAGUGGAACUGGCUUCGAGGUCCAGAGUUGAGUUUGAAGGGCCUGGGGAUACUCCUUACAGUCAGCCUCAAUGCACCACUAUGACAUUAAUUUUCCCAUUUCGCUCAGUCAGACGCUUGCACAUGGUCUAAUAGCAUGAAUAAUUUCUCGCUUGAUCAGAUUUAAUUCACUCCUGUGCUAAAUCCCAAAUCAUCAAUCCCUAUCUCCUCCUCCAUAGGCACUACUGUAGAACUGAAAGGACUGGAUAGUUAUAAGUAAUGUAGGGAAAUUCCAAUUAACCAAUCAGAAGACAGGGUGAAGCAAUUACCAUAAUAUCCAUACCUAUCCAAUCCUAGAAGUGCCUAAUGACAGGGCUAGCUAUGGGUCAGUUUGAGAUUCAGCAUUGGUGUCAGAGCAUCACCUAGGCAGGGCAACAGCGGCACCAAUGGAGCAUGUUUUUCAGCGGUGCUGUGAACUAUGAUCUGUUAUUAUUGUUGUUUUGCUUCUAUGGGGUACCUGUUCGCAGCUCUGCUAAGUGAAUAUUUGAAAGUGCUGCCACUGAGCUGUGAGCGCCAUAGUGUCUACAUAAAGGAUGCUGAUAUGAUUUUGGUGGAACAUGACAGAAAACAAUGAAUAUUAUUACUACUGUAUCAUUAUUACCAUGAUUAUUCUCAAUCAUUUAAGGAAUUGUUUGCCAUUUGUUUUUUAUUUCAGAAUUUUUAUUUUAAUUUUUUUAUUAAAGGCUAAAUGAAUUAACCUA